UCACUUCCGGCGGGUGACGGUGCGGACGGGUCAGGAGCGUAGAGGCGGCGGCAAGAUGGCGGCGCCUGAGGAGCGGGAUCUCACCCAGGAGCAGACGGAGAAGCUGCUGCAGUUCCAGGAUCUGACUGGGAUCGAGUCUAUGGAUCAGUGUCGGCAUACCUUGGAACAGCAUAACUGGAACAUAGAGGCUGCUGUACAGGACAGACUGAACGAGCAAGAGGGAGUACCCAGUGUUUUCAACCCUCCUCCAUCCCGACCCCUUCAGGUUAAUACAGCUGACCACAGGAUCUACAGCUAUGUGGUCUCAAGACCACAACCAAGGGGGCUGCUUGGAUGGGGUUAUUACUUGAUAAUGCUUCCAUUCCGGUUUACCUAUUACACGAUACUUGAUAUAUUUAGGUUUGCUCUUCGUUUUAUACGGCCUGACCCUCGCAGCCGGGUCACUGACCCCGUUGGGGACAUUGUUUCAUUUAUGCACUCUUUUGAAGAGAAAUAUGGGAGGGCACACCCUGUCUUCUACCAGGGAACGUACAGCCAGGCACUCAAUGAUGCUAAGCGAGAGCUUCGCUUUCUCCUGGUUUAUCUUCAUGGAGAUGACCACCAGGACUCGGAUGAGUUCUGUCGCAAUACACUCUGUGCACCUGAAGUUAUUUCACUAAUAAACACUAGGAUGCUCUUCUGGGCCUGUUCUACAAACAAACCUGAGGGAUACAGGGUCUCACAGGCUUUACGAGAAAAUACCUAUCCAUUCCUGGCCAUGAUCAUGCUGAAGGACCGGAGGAUGACGGUGGUGGGUCGGCUAGAAGGCCUCAUCCAACCCGAUGACCUCAUUAACCAGCUGAUGUUUAUUAUGGAUGCGAACCAGACAUACCUGCUCUCAGAACGCCUGGAAAGGGAAGAAAGGAACCAGACCCAGGUGCUGAGGCAGCAGCAGGACGAGGCCUACCUGGCCUCUCUCAGGGCUGACCAGGAGAAAGAAAGGAAGAAGCGAGAGGAGCGGGAGCGGAAGAGGCGGAAGGAGGAGGAGGUGCAGCAGCAGAAGCUGGCGGAGGAGAGGCGGCGGCAGAAUCUACAGGAGGAAAAGGAAAGGAAGUUGGAGUGCCUGCCUCCUGAGCCCUCCCCUGACGACCCUGAAAGCGUCAAGAUCAUCUUCAAAUUACCCAAUGAUUCUCGAGUAGAGAGACGAUUCCACUUUUCACAGUCUCUAACAGUGAUCCACGACUUCUUAUUCUCCUUGAAGGAAAGCCCAGAGAAGUUUCAAAUUGAAGCCAACUUUCCCAGGCGGGUACUGCCGUGCGUCCCUUCAGAGGAGCUGCCCAACCCGCCCACGCUGCAGGAGGCGGGACUCAGCCACACAGAAGUUCUCUUUGUUCAGGACCUAACAGACGAAUGACAUUUGUCAUCCUCCCCCCACCCCCCGCCCCGCCCCCUAAAGGAAAUGGAAAGAGAGAGAGAGAGAGAAAUUCCUAUUAUUAUUAUAAUACAAUAUUUUUUUUAAAAGACUGCCGCAUCCUAAGGAAGGAUGAGAAACCAUGCCACCUGCGAGUCAUCGUGUGCGUGUGUGCGUGUGUGUGCGCGCGUGUGCGCGUGUGUGUAUGUGUGUGGUUAGCCAUGAACGCACCCUCGCUCGGCAAAGCUCGCUUCACCCUUCCAACGGCCUCUGCACCACGCAGCCUCCAGCCAGCGGACGCCUGUCCAGCCACCGGUGUCCCACUGGGGAAGGGGACAUUCCCACUUGUUCUCAUUCAUUCUUGCUUUUAUGGAGAAUAAACGUGAAAGCGUCCAGCCAGCAGCUCCAGCCCCAUCUCCUGAAGACUACUUCCUUCUCCCGAGAAGCCUCGGGAGGAGCGGGGGAGAGCAGAGAGACGUUCCUUGAACUGGUUUCUGGAUCACUUUUCCUUGUUUCUGUUGCUUUCUGAUGACCAAAGGAAUGAGGCUGUCAUGGAUGUAUUUUUUUUCUUCUUCUUCUUCUUCUUUAUUUGAUAAAGAGCCAAUUCUUAAAAGCCGUGAGUUCGUGCCCUGGGCUCCUUAGCCCACAGUAGCGUAAUAAAGGUGCCUGGGCUGCUUUGUGCUUCUUUCGGCCAUUGUCCCUCUCCUGGCCCCCUCAACUGAGGGCGUUGGUUUUGGUCCAACCUGCUGUCCUUUCUUCCCACCUGUGCACCCCACUAAAACCUGAAGGGGUCUGAAGCAAAGGAUGGCAGUUCUUCAUUCCUCUUUCAGCUGCUUCAGCUUUCCCGAAUUGCCAAGCCUAGUGCCUUUCCAUAGACAGGGCCGGUGGUGGAGCCUCUGUGGGAGGCCCUAGUGUUUUAAGGCAUAGAGGGAACUCCCAGGCCCCGGGCAGUACGUGCAGUCUAGGCACACACCUGCUGGAGGUUCUAUCUUCCUCCCUGGGCCGCUGUGUUCAAGUAGCAGCUGUGUGCCGCUGCUGGCUGAUGCUGUUGAGUUCAUGUAAGCGGGAACAUAGCCACCGUGCACUGAUACGGAUUUCCAAGUGUUGGUGGCCGAUCUGCAAGGCUCAGAACUAUAGCACGCUGUACAAGCAGGAAGGUCAGGUCAGGGUAAAGCGUGACUUAUCUAUCAUCCUCCAAAGCUCCUUGGCUUGGUGCAAACCUAAGGACCUCUCUGCGAAGUAGUAAUAUUAGGCAUAAGGCUUUGUGCAGCCCUCUGUUGGAGUAAGGGCCACGGGGUCGAGGGGAGGCCUGUGGAUUUUCCAGUGCCCUUGAACACCAGAUCUGCUGUUAUCCCAGCAAGCUUCGGAGAGGCGAACCUUGUUCUCCACUCAACCCAGGCAAAAUUGGCUUCACCAACAAGCUACAAGGAGUGUUUUAUCCCUCCUGGGGCCUCCCUUCCUGUCCCAAGUCCCAGCUCUACCCCGGAGGGAGCUGGGGGCCUGCUCUAGGCAGGGUGUACUAGUGUCCCACACCCAGGAAAUGGUAGGGAUUUCUUCUCUAAUAGCACGGUCUCUUUUAGUAACAUGCCCUUCUAGUUAAUGCCUCUUCCAGUAACUAACCGUCGGACAGAGGAUGUGAGAUGCCACAAGGUUAAGACCAGGUCCCUCAGGAAAGGUAACUCCUGAGCCCCCUGCCCAUUUCCUGGAGGGACCUCUCUGGUCCCUUUGAAACAGUUCUUUCUGCUUUCCUUCAACUCCAUCCAUGCCUGCCUCCUCGCUUAGUGCCGCCUCCAGGGUGCCAGUCACCCCUCACAGGUGACACGGGGCUGCAUGCGUGUCACCAUGCGAGGCCCAUCUGUGGCUCCUAAGGACCUCCAAGAGCUGCAAGGGAGAAACAGAAGCCACAUCUGCCAGGCUGUGCUGCUGUCUGCAAGUCACAGCUGGAACCGUCCAGCUGUGCAUUCCAAAAGGCACAGUGAAUGGAGCCAUUUCAACUGCAGCGCUGUGGAAAACCACCAUGCUGACACCCAAGAUGGAGGUCAGCUGAACAACUGUGCGCUCUUCCUCAGCACGGCCCUUCUGGUCUUUUCCUCCUCCUACAUCUGUAGGACUUCCUGCAACAAGUAUUUCUCCUCACUUGCCUCUACCGUGAGAUUGGGGACAGAUGGCAGAGGAGAAUGAAUUAUCUGCUUCUCAAAAAGUAACUAAGAACCUAGGAUCUUUUAACUGAGCAGUUAUGAUGACCCUUACUCAUGGUGCCAAGGCUGAGGGGGAAAAGAGUCUCGGAAGAUGAGCAGUUGGAUGCAGAUCAUUUGCCUGGUGCUUGAACAAAAAGCUCCAUUUAUACCUGCUUUCGUACGAUGGAGGAGGGGCGCAUCGGGAAGUUCACGCACCGCAGAAGCGCUGCCUCCGCUCUUACUGCACCCCAAUAGUUACAGGAUGAUCACUUCUGGGUGUGGGGAAACAAACCUAGUGUAAAUUCUUUUUUUCAUAAAGGUUUACAUUGUAUUGUAGGUGAACAUUAAAUGUUUUAUAAC